AUGUCGAACCCUGUUACCUACCAACUUGCCAACACACCCAUCACGGCUCACGCAUUUGACGACAACAAGUUGGUCAUCUGCCCCAACACCAACGAGGCCAAGCUUUAUGAACAAGGUGCAUCCAACUGGGACUUGAAGGCCACAUUGCAAGGCCACGAUAAGGUUAUCACGAGCAUUGAUAUUGCACCCAACACCAACCGUAUUGUGACCUGUUCGCAAGACCGUAACGCUUAUGUGUGGACUCAAGAAGGAGGUGUAUGGAAACCAGGCCUUGUGCUCUUGCGUAUCAACCGUGCAGCCACUUUUGUUCGUUGGUCUCCUAAUGAAGACAAGUUUGCUGUUGCCAGUGGCGCUCGUUGCAUUGCUGUGUGUUACUUUGAGGAGGAUAAUGACUGGUGGGCAAGCAAGCAUCUCAAGAAGCCUAUCCGUAGUACGGUCCUUUCCAUUGAUUGGCAUCCAAACAAUGUAUUGCUUGCUGCCGGUUCCGCUGACAUGAAGGCACGCGUGUUUUCCUCAUUCAUCAAGGGUUUGGAUAAAAAGCCUGCUCCUUCUGUAUGGGGUGACAAGCUUCCUUUCAACACCGUGUGUGCCGAGUUUUCCGAUGGCCGUGGUGGAUGGGUUCAUUCCGUUGCCUUUUCUCCUUCCGGUGAUGCUGUUGCCUUUGCUGGUCAUGAUUCUACCGUCAAUGUGGCCUAUCCAAGUGCUGAUGGCAACCAUACUGUAUUGACUGUGCAGGCUAGCACAUUACCUUUCCGAUCUCUUAUUUGGGCCAACGAACGCCAAAUUGUCGCUGCUGGUUUUGAUUGUGCUCCUAUGUUGGUCGAAACAACCGAUGGCCAAGACUGGCAUUUGUCGGGAUCUUUGGAUGUUGGACGUAAAAAGGUGUCGACUACUGCAUCGGUGCUCAGCCGAUUCAAGUCAAUGGAUUCCCGUGGUCAAGCCGAUCAGGAUACCGAUUUGUCUACUACGCACCAAAACACCAUCAUUGAGGUGCGUCCCUAUGCUGGAUCGCGUGACAAUAUCACCCAAUUCUCUACAUGUGCGUUGGAUGGCAAGGUUGCCAUUUGGCAGUUUGAUCCCAGCCAGCUUGCCACCGAACUUGCGGGUCUCAAGUUGCACUAA